UUCUCGAAGACUUGAAAGCUUCCACUACUGCGCGAGUGAGCUUCUUACCAAUACCCAAUACACCCAUCUUAUCUUCUACGUUACACUCGUUGUCUCGUCUGUUACGAGAAUCCGGCCAAUUUCUUUCUCAACAGACGACGCCGCCAUCGGAAUCUCCUGUAGGUACGGGGACCUUCCGGUAGUCUCUUGCGCGGUGGCGCACUGCUCAACUCCGCCGGAGUGGAAUGGUGAAAUUUGACCGGAAAAGAGUGGGCCAGACGGUCAAGAGCCUUGGCGGGAACGGCGUUGGCCAAGUUUUGGUCGCCGUGGCGGCGGCUCUCCUCGUCCGUCUUUUCUCUGGACCCGAACCUGCUCUUCCGCCGGAUUACGACAUCGAGCUCGAGGACGGAGAGAAGGAAGAUGGAGACAUUGACUUCGGGGAAGAAGCUCCACCCUCCGGGAAAGUUACGCCGGUGAAAAUCCGAUGGUGCAAUAUCUCGUGCUCUCUCUCUGAUAAAUCCUCCAAAUCAGUGAGAUGGCUGCUUAAGAAUGUUAGCGGAGAAGCAAAACCAGGAAGAUUAUUGGCAAUAAUGGGGCCGUCAGGUUCAGGAAAAACAACGUUGCUCAAUAUUCUGGCUGGUCAGCUAGCGGCUUCACCAUGGUUACAUCUCUCAGGCAUUAUAGACUUCAAUGGAAAAGCUGAUUCAAAUAAGAGAGCUUACAGGUUGGCAUAUGUGAGACAGGAGGACCUCUUUUUCUCACAGCUAACUGUGCGAGAGACACUGAAGCUUGCUGCUGAACUUCAGCUUACUGAGAUGUCUUCUGUAGAAGAGAGGGAAGAAUAUGUUAACAAUCUGCUCUUGAAACUAGGUUUGGUAAACUGUGCUGAAUCAUGUGUUGGUGAUGCAAGAGUUCGUGGGAUCAGUGGGGGUGAAAAGAAACGCUUGUCCCUUGCAUGUGAACUGAUUGCCAGCCCAUCUGUUAUAUUUGCAGAUGAACCUACGACAGGACUUGAUGCAUUCCAGGCUGAGAAAGUAGUGGAGACACUUCAACAACUUGCGAAGGAUGGGCACACUGUAAUCUGCUCCAUACAUCAACCAAGAGGUUCUGUGUACAGCAAAUUUGAUGAUAUCAUAUUGUUGACAGAGGGUGCUCUUGUCUAUGCUGGUCCUGCUCACGAGGAACCUUUAGAUUACUUCUCUAAAUUUGGGUAUAAUUGCCCGGACCAUGUGAAUCCCGCUGAGUUUCUGGCAGAUCUUAUAUCAAUUGACUAUAGUUCUGCAGACAGCGUGUACUCCUCUCAGAAGAGAAUCUGCAGUCUUGUUGAAUCAUUCUCACGAUACUCUUCAACAAUUUUGUAUGCAAACCCAAUUGAGAAAAGGCAGGUCUUGGCUGAUAAAGAAUUCAGGAAAAGUAAGCUUUUGAAGAAAGGAGGUUGGUGGAAGGAAUUCUGCUUGCUCCUCAAGCGUGCAUGGAUGCAGGCUUCUCGGGAUGGACCAACAAAUAAGGUUCGAGCACGAAUGUCCAUUGCAUCAGCUAUUAUAUUUGGUUCAGUCUUUUGGAGAAUGGGAAGAUCUCAAACAUCAAUCCAGGAUAGGAUGGGUUUGCUUCAGGUUGCAGCAAUCAACACUGCAAUGGCUGCUCUCACCAAGACUGUGGGUGUUUUUCCGAAGGAACGUGCAAUUGUUGACAGGGAGCGUGCAAAGGGAUCUUAUACAUUAGGCCCAUAUUUGCUUUCUAAAUUGUUGGCCGAGAUUCCAAUUGGAGCUGCUUUUCCACUGGUAUUUGGGGCUAUUUUGUACCCCAUGGCUCGUCUUCACCCAACUGCAUCAAGAUUUGGGAAGUUCUGCAGUAUUGUCACGGUUGAAUCUUUUGCUGCAUCUGCUAUGGGGCUCACCGUAGGAGCUAUGGUUCCUAGCACAGAAGCAGCAAUGGCAGUGGGACCCUCACUCAUGACAGUUUUUAUUGUAUUUGGUGGCUAUUAUGUCAAUGCAGACAACACGCCGAUCAUCUUUCGUUGGAUUCCUAGUGUUUCUCUUAUAAGAUGGGCCUUUCAAGGGCUUUGCAUCAAUGAGUUUAAAGGACUUCAAUUUGAUUGUCAGCAUUCGUUCGAUAUUCAAACGGGAGAACAGGCACUCGAACGACUCUCUUUUGGUCGAAGCCGUAUUAGGGAUACAUUGAUAGCUCAGAGUAGGAUACUGUUGUUCUGGUAUUAUACCACCUACCUUCUCCUAGAAAAAAACAAGCCCAAGUACCAGGAGCUUGAGCCACCGCCUCCCGACGAAAUACAGCCCAAUCUACUAAUCGAAACCUUUGACAAUGACAACUUGCACAAAACCCAACGCGAGGGAGAUUUACCAAUAGAAACCUUUGAUAAUGACUACUUGGACAAAACCCAACCUGAGGGAGAUCUACAAUUGGAAACCUUUGAUAACGAAAACUUGGACAAAACCCAACCUGAGGGAGAUCUACAAUUGGAAACCUUUAAUAACGAAAACUUGGACAAAACCCAACCUGAGGGAGAUCUACAAAUCAAAUCCUUUGACAAUGACAACAUGGAGAAACCCCAACCUGAGGGACCUCUCGAUCAAGUUGAAUCGAAGGAUGAUGAUAUUGAAACACCCCAAAUCUAUCAAAUUCGACCGUUUAUUCUAGAAGGUGCUAAGUAAGGAGAUGUCAUGGCAAAUAAAGGAGGGCCUGUUGCCUUACUUAACCAAAUAAGCUGUUCUAGUUGUAAAAUGUGAAACAAUGCAGUUAUUUUGCAUCAAUGCAUAAUUGAGUCAUGAAUUUAAUGUGUAAUAGUAAUUUUGAUGAGGUUUACAUUUUGGAGAAGAUGAAGGAUGAUGACAUGAUGGUUGGACAGCAUGGAUGAAAAUAUGCAUCAUCAUGGCAUCUUGACUCCAAAGUUUAAACUAAACACUUUUUAACCCAAUUAGCAGGUAAGUACCAAAUUGCUUCUUUAAUAUGCUUAA